ACGCCCCUAGCAGUUCUGGGAUCCCAGCAGGAGUGUUUUAGGGUUUUUUUUUAAAGAAUAAGUGAACCAUUAUAGAUUGUCAAUAUGGGGCGGAGAUCAACAUCAUCCACCAAGAGUGGAAAAUUUAUGAACCCUACGGACCAAGCUCGAAAGGAAGCUCGGAAGAGAGAAUUGAAGAACAAAAAACAGCGCAUGAUGGUUCGAGCUGCAGUUUUGAAGAUGAAAGAUCCCAAACAGAUCAUCCGGGACAUGGAGAAAUUGGAUGAAAUGGAGUUUAACCCAGUACAACAACCACAGUUAAAUGAGAAAGUACUGAAAGAUAAACGUAAAAAGCUUCGAGAAACCUUUGAAUGUAUCCUACGACUUUAUGAAAAAGAGAAUCCGGAUAUUUAUAAAGAAUUGAGAAAGCUAGAAGUAGAAUAUGAACAGAAAAGGGCUCAACUUAGCCAGUACUUUGAUGCUGUCAAGAAUGCUCAGCAUGUAGAAGUAGAGAGUAUUCCUUUGCCAGAUAUGCCACAUGCUCCUUCCAACAUCUUGAUCCAGGACAUCCCACUUCCUGGUGCCCAGCCCCCCUCCAUCCUAAAGAAGACCUCAGCCUAUGGACCUCCAACUCGAGCAGUUUCCAUCCUUCCUCUUCUUGGGCAUGGUGUUCCACGUUUGCCCCCUGGCAGGAAACCUCCAGGUCCUCCACCUGGUCCCCCUCCUCCCCAAGUCUUGCAGAUGUAUGGCCGUAAAGUGGGCUUUGCUCUUGAUCUUCCUCCUCGUAGGCGAGAUGAAGACAUGUUAUAUAGCCCUGACCUUGCGCAGAGUGGUCAUGAUGACGAUGUUUCCAGCACCAGUGAAGAUGACGGCUACCCUGAGGACAUGGAUCAGGACAAGCACGAUGACAGCACUGAUGACAGUGACACAGACAGGUCAGAUGGAGAAAGUGACGUGGACGAGUUUAUGCACCGAGACGAUAAUGAGCGAGACAACACCGAGGAAAAGAAGGCAGGUCUGAGUGUGCGGUUUGCAGACAUGCCUGGGAAAUCAAGAAAGAAAAAGAAGAACAUGAAGGAACUGACGCCUCUUCAAGCCAUGAUGCUGCGAAUGGCAGGUCAGGAAAUCCCUGAGGAGGGUCGGGAAGUGGAAGAAUUUUCAGAGGAUGAUGAGGAGGAGGAUUCAGAGGAUUCUGAAGCAGAGAAGCAGUCACAGAAGCAGCACAAAGAAGACUCUCAUGAGGGUGCAGCCACAGCUUCCUCCCAGCAGCAGGCGCCCCCUCAGUCCGUUCCUCCUUCUCAGAUACAGAUUUUAAAGGAUUCCAAAGUCUCACAUGAGUUAGAAUCCACUUCAUUGGCCGCCAUGGAUUUAUUUUCUACUAUUAAUUAA